CCGCCGUCUGGUUUACACACGUUAUAUCAAUUUGAAUGAUCUAUGAAAACAUCAACACUUAAUGAAAACAUGGAAACUAAUGAUGUUAUAACUUUUCAUCAGUGUACAAUCUGUGAUGAAGUUUUUCAAAGUUUUUGUGGUUUAGAAAACCACUACAAAGUGCAUGUUAAAGAAGAGAAAUCUGAUGACGUAGAUGAAUAUUGUCAUGUUCGUUUUAAAGAAGAAAAAACUAGUGAUGUAGAUAAAUUUUGUCAUGUUAAAGAGGAGAAAACAGAAAACAUUGAAACAUGCUAUCAGUGUAAUUUGUGUGAUGAAGAAUUCAAUUUAGAAACUGAUUUAGAAAAACACUGUGAAAAACAUGUUGAAGAAGAGGAAUCUGGUUUACAGCAGGGUAAUAAUUGGGAGGAGAGUUUUAGCCAGAAUAAUGAAAAAGAAAUACACAAUUCACAAGAGUUUAAGAAGUGUGAUGUUUGUAGCAAAUCAUUUAACAAAUAUUACCUUAAAAUUCAUUUGCGACAUCAUACAGGGGAAAAACCCUUUACGUGCGAUAUUUGUAGUAAAUCAUUCAUAUACACCAGUCAACUACAGAGACAUAUCAGAAUUCAUACCGGUGAAAAACCUUAUAAGUGUGAUGUUUGUAGUAAAUCAUUUACCAACAGUACCGAUCUACAGAAACAUAUCCGAACUCAUACAGGCGAAAAGCCUUUUACAUGCAAUAUUUGUAGUAAAUCAUUUACUGACAGUAGUCAUCUUCGGAGACAUAUCAGAAUUCAUACAGGCGAUAAACCCUUUAAGUGUGAUGUUUGUAGUAAAUCAUUCACUGAGAUUACUUAUCUUCGGAGACAUAUCAGAAUUCAUAUUGGAAAAAAGCCCUUUAAAUGUGGUGUUUGUAGUAAAUCAUUCACUCAGAGUACUAAUCUUCGGAGACAUGUCAGAAUUCAUAUUGGAGCUAAACCUUAUACAUGUGAUGUUUGUAGUAAAUCAUUCUCAAGGAGUAAUUUACUGAAAAGUCACAUGAGAACCCAUAUGGGAGACAACCCCUUUAAAUGUGAUGUUUGUCGUAAAUCUUUCAGUGAGAGUAGUAGUCUGCAGAGACACAUGAGAACUCAUUCUGAUGAAAAAUCAUAUAAAUGUGAUGUUUGUAGUAAAUCAUUCUCCAGGAGUUGUUUACUUAAAAGACACAUGAGAAUGCAUCCAAGCGAAAAACCAUAAUAGAUUUACAGUGUAUUUAGUCACACCAGAAA